AUGGAAAAAGCCAAUCAAAAGGGUCAAGCAUUUAAGCCCAAUGUUGAGACACCAGUUGUCAAAAACAGACCCCCACCACCUUUUCCUCAAAGGCUGCAAAAACAGAAGCAAGACACUCAGUUUAGGAAAUUUCUAGACCUCCUAAAACAGUUGCAUGUCAACAUUCCAUUUGUGGAUGCAUUAGAACAAAUGCCCACUUAUGUGAAAUUCAUGAAAGAAAUUCUUUCAAGAAAAAGGAGGCUAGAAGAGUUUGAGACUGUUGCUCUUACACAAGAGAGCAGUGCUAGUAUCAAUUUAAUGCCUCUGAGUGUGUAUAAAAAGCUGAAAGUAGGAAAGCCUAAUCCUACCACUGUCACUUUACAGUUGGCUGAUAGGUCCCUAGUUUAUCCUGAAGGGAAAGUAGAAAAUGUCUCGGUGAAGGUAGAUAAAUUUAUUCUACCAGCUGAUUUUAUAAUUUUGGACUAUGAGGAAGACCGAGAGGUUCCAUUUAUUUUGGGAACGGCUUUCUUAGCCACUGGUGGGGCUGUAAUAGAUGUUAAAGAGGGGGAGUUGGCAAUGAAUGUAAACGGGGAGCAAGUUAAAUUUAAUAUCUAG